GGGCGUCAGUACCUUAUCCAAAUUUCAAUCGACUUGUUCUGCGGAAAAAUGUUGAAAAUGGCUUCUCCUUCGCAUUUGUUCUCCGUUACCUCUGAUUGGCAGUUUCUGCAGCAAUAUCUAUGGGGUUCGAAGCACAGGGCUUUUCCAUCGACUGUGUUCCUCAUUAAUAAGGAUUUACCGUUGAACGCUCCCAAGCUCCGGUUAAAAGCAGUUGAUGGCUUCUCCGGUGAUGGCCUCCUGGACGGAAACACUCUUUCCAAGGCCACCCACAAUAAUCAAGAAACUAAAACAAAGAGCAUCGUGUGUGCAGAUUGUGAUGGAAAUGGGGCAAUAUUGUGUUCACAAUGCAAAGGGAGUAGUUUGAACUCGGUCGACCAUUUCAAUGGGCAGUUCAAAGCUGGUCAACUGUGCUGGCUUUGCCGAGGUAAGAAGGAGAUUCUAUGCGGCAACUGCAACGGAGCUGGCUUUAUCGGUGGAUAUAUGAGCACAUUUGAUGAAUGAAUGGAAAUUAAGUUUGGAAUGGCUAGAUAUAUAUAGAGUGCUCUGUGUACCGCCAAACAUGCCAAUAUUGUUUGAAGCACAAAUAUAAUGCAGUGGAUGGCUGGUGCGCGUGUGCUGGAGAAAUUAAGUCUGGCUUGUCAUUCGUUCAUUUUGAAAUGAUUAAUGAAUGAAUUGUAUGUGGCCAUGUGGGGAUGGAUUAUUCCCUUGCACAUUCAGUACUAUAUAUCCCCCCCCUUAAGACGUGCAAAUGCAAACUCAUUUCCUUAUUAAUACUCCGUACUAUAAAAAUAAGGAUACAUA